AUGUCGUCUCGAGCCUUGCGAAAAUUACAAAAGCAAAAAGAAGCCCAGCAAGAUAUAGAGGUGCAAAAUGACUCGGGAGAUAGCGAGCAAGAUAUCCCAAUUUCACGGCCAAAGAUCAAUGCUUUUGAUCUAUUAGGCGACCAAGGUGGCGAUGAAGAUCGAGAUGAUUCACUUGAAUCUGAGCCAGAAAGAUCCGUUACUGAAGGGGACCAUAACCUUGCCCCGCCGCUGGGGGUCUCAAAAGCUACCAGCGGCAGCAAGAAGAAGAAGAAAAAGAAGACCAAGAAACAGCAGUCAAAGAAAAUUACAGGGCCAGCAGAAGCGAAUACCCCAGAGACCCAAGCCCUGGAGGUUGAUGAGAUAGACCUAGCUCUUGAAGCUUUGGCACUUAAGCAUCCUACACCAGAGGACCAAAAUGUCCAACCGGGAAGGGACCUUCAUGGCUCUUCUGAGCAGGGUUUAUGUGCUCUCUUGGAAGUAGAUGCCAAAAAGCUCAUUGCCAUGAAUGAAAUGAAAAGACUCUUUGGAAAUGCUGCCGUGGAAAGCCGGACCUCCCCAUCUGAUAGCCUACCUGGAAACAGGCGGAGAGAGCGGAAUAGGCGAGCCCUAGACUUAGGAGCCGCGUUAACCGGGAGGUACAGCCCUGCGAGUAGGGGACAGGACCUCUCGGGAGUUGCACUGCGUAAAAACGUGCUUAUGCAAGGCAAGGCUGAGUGGCCAAAGGCGACGAGUGGUGGCCUGGGGAUGGAAGUUGUCCAGAAAUCACCUACAGGAGUUGUGGAAUAUGAAAUACUUCAUAAUACAGCUUAUAAGGAUGUCCAGCGUCAGUUUGACAUGUGCGUGGAGUCAAUGCAACCCGAAAGAAUGAUCGAGUUGCUUCAAUAUAAUCCCCAGUCUUCAUUUGGCAACUCUAUAAAGGAGGGAAAGGCUCGACUGGAUUUCACAAUAAAGGAAAAUCGUGAGGUAUGGCUUGCGGGCUGGAGGUAUAUUAUUAACCUGGGGAUGAAGGGUACCUGGAAGACAGCAUACGAGUGGACGAAAUUCCUCCUGAGCCUUGACCCAGACGACCCGUAUUGCUUAUGCCUGAUCAUUGACCAUAUUGCGAUACGAGCAAGGGAACUGCAACAUUUUGUUGAUCUGUGCCUACACCCUAGCUUUAAGAAGCGGUGGCAUUUGUUUCCUAACAUCCAGUGCUCCCUUGCCUUAGCAUAUAUGUACUUGAGGAAACCAAAGGAGUGCCGAGAGGUCCUCCAUUCAGCCAUGCCCAAAUAUCCCUGGAUCUUUUGUCGUCUCACACAGGAACUAAACAUAUCCCCCGUGCCGAAAGCAAUCUGGGGCGCGCAAGCACCCAACGCUGCCCAUGAUCUACUCUGUGAACUCUACAUAGCUAGGGCCAAAGACAUAUGGAAUACUCCCGAGGCCACUUCUCUCCUGGUAGAAGUUGCCGACUCUAUUCCGACAACUGAGAAGCCUCCUCAAGCACCUGAGAUGUCACAGAACCUAGCACGGCAUGUUAUACUAUCAGACAUAUCAUCCGUGACGACCCACCUCCCACGCCACUUCACCAUCCGACAAAUAUCAGCGUCGGACCCAUUACCACCAAAUGAGGUUGGGCUGUCUACCGGUCGCGCUGCGUCCAUGAUGGACGAGGUGCUUCAGUUAUUUGGUGUAAAUGAGCCAGACCACAUUCAAACUGGUCGCCAUAACCAUAGACAGAUCGACGAUGAAGAAAAUACUGACUCGGGGGAAGAAUUGGACAUGGCCGGCGUGUAUCUGCCUCAGUCACAAGUCCCAGAGUGGCUUCUUGCUGGGGGGCAAGAGGAGCUCGCGGAAUUCUUCAGAAUCAACGGUGUGGACCCUGGAAAUUGGGAGGAGGGGGUUAACAUGCUGCCCAUCCAACGAUGGGUGAGAACCGUCCAGCGUCUGGACAGACAAGACUGGCGCCGAACCAUCUCCACUGUCGCUGCAUCGCUGGGCUCAUCUACUGAGAUGGUCGAGAUGGUGCUGCUCGAGGAACUAGAACAACAGACCAGCGCCAGCUAG